AAUCUAUUGCAGGCUGGUACACUCAGUUUACAACUUCGUUCCUACCAGUAUAAUAUUCUCACUAGCAAGAUCUGAAAGGGGCAGAUCUUGCUAGUGAGAAUAUUAUUGUGUUAUUUUAUUUUAUCAAUUUAUUAUUUUAUUCUCAUUCUACGUGACUUUACCGAAAGAACCAAAGAAUAUGAAUCCUUGCAGUCACGAAAGCUUUAAAUCGAAAAUUAAGCAAGGUUGAGAAACCCAUUUGGCACAAUAAAGGCGUUUCUGAUUAGGGAAACGUUAACCCAAAACGGGCAAAAGUUAAAAUCAAUCGUGAGCGUGUCGAGCAGGCACCAGCUUACAAUGCUCUCUCGUGUGGCCACAGCGGGUUUUAAUUUAUUUAUUUAACCCAUUGGCUUGGCGUUCAACAAAGAUGCGCUUGACUAAAAUAUCCGGCACGCCUGCAUAUGUCGCGAACAGAAGGGGCGGUGAGUGGUGGAGGCGCUGAAAGGGCAUUGAUUACAUAAAUAGGGAGCAAUUGAUAAGGGGGGGUGAGGAGUGGGGUGUUGCGCUGAUGAAAACAGGAUUGACUUGAACCAGUUGAGAACCAAUUAAGGGCAAUAUAUUUUUAAAAAAGUCAUUGAGAGAAACCAGGCCCGCACAGAGAGAGCAUUUUGUUUAGUGUAUCUAGAUUAAAUCUUGAUUAAAAACUCGUUUCUUUAGAACUGCUUUUUUGUCUUUAGUUUGUACCCCCCCCCCGCACCUCCGAUUAGCACCGUUUAUAGCACCAACAUGAUUUAAAUAAUCUCAAUGCGUGUGCCUCAGUGUUUCUAAACUGGCUACAUAAAACCCGGAGGACCCAAUGCUGCUGAAAUGAUGCACUCAAAUUGAAGGCCGUGUGGUUGAUUGAUGUUAAAAAACACACUUGUAUACUGUGUUUGUGCGCGCCCACACAAUCGAAAGUGAAAGCCCAAGAGAUUGAGAGCGGAGAAGACCGGAAGAGAGAGAGAGAGAUAGGUUGGGUGUUGCCCGACCCAGAACUGGUUCGGCCUCCGUCGCUUGUCGGAGUUACAAAACCGGCUGCGGACGUCCCCUUCCGGCACACUUGUGUCGUGGGGUCCUCGCGUCCCCGAGAUGUGCAGGUGGCCCCGAGGAGCUUGACGAGGCGAGGAGCGGCGCAUCGCGAUGAACAUGAUGGGUGUCCCUCCCCUACUCGGCGUGCACCAGGUGCCCCAGGAUUUUCAUGAGGACAGCAUCCUCGCUGGUUAUCGGAACCCAAGGAGCUCGGCAAGGGAGUGCAUCUAUAGCAUAUUCCAGUUCACGAACGAGACGAUCAACAUUUGGACGCAUUUUCUCCCAACAUGGUACUUCGUGUGGUGGCUGCUGGUGCUGUGGGGCGAGGUGGACCUGCUGGGCAGGCCGUACCACCGGCCGCUCGCCGUCUUCAUGCUGAGCUGCUGCGUCUACCCGAUAGCGUCGACCUGCGCGCACACCUUCAGCACCAUGUCGCAGCGCGCACGUCACAUCUGCUUCUUCUUCGACUACGCGGCGCUGAGCCUCUACAGCCUCGGCUCCGCCAUGGUCUACAACGCUUACGUUAUCCCCGACAAGUGGCUGGGCGGCACUUUCCACCGGUGCUUCGUUCCAAUCGCGCUGUUCAACACUGUGCUCUGCACCAGCAUGGCGUGCUACAGCAGGCUUGGGUUGCCAUUCAUCCAUUACAAUCGUUUCACACUUGAAAGUUCCCUGGAGUUGAAGCGGCCGCGCAUGGCUAAGGUGCUCAGGGUAGUGGCAUUUGCCUUCCCCUACCUGUUUGACAACAUUCCCCUCUUCUACAGGAUCUUUCUGUGCUCCGGAGAGGGAUGCACAGACAACGAAGCCGUGCCAACUCAUCGUCUGCACACUUUAUUUGCCUUCCUCACCGGCUUCCUCUUUGCCACCCACCUGCCGGAGCGCCUGGCGCCCGGCGUCUUUGACUACGUCGGCCACAGCCACCAGCUGUUCCACGUGUCUGCGAUCGUGGGCACGCACUUCCAGAUUAAAGCGGUGCUGCUGGACCUGCACUCGCGCGCCGACUGGCUGAGCACGGCCUCUGUGGCAGCUCCUUCGUUGCUCGAGACGGGUGGCGCCUUCUGUCUGGCCAUCGCCCUCAACCUGUUGGUGAUUGCGUUUUUUGCCGUCGGACUCUACAGCAAGCAGCAGCAGCAGCGGCAGCAGCCGAAUCCCGUUCAGGACAACGGGGCGAUCAACCUGCCCAAGAGUCACGCAGAGUAGCUGUUGAAGGUUUUCCCCACGACGGAUUUGUUCUAGCGACAGGUGGUGAUGAAAAUGUGUUUUUAGCUCUGUUUUCACUCCUUUUAACCCAACUGUGUUAUCGGCAUCAUGAGAAUCGAUUCGGAACGCUCGCAGAGUAGCAGUGCAACCAUGUCCAUAUUACUCAUUGUUUUUUUUCGGUAAAGUCACGUAUGUAGAAAUACCAUAAAAUUAUAUUAAAAUAAAUCAAUCACGACGUUUCGACCGCAACACAAGCGAUCUUCAUCAGGUCUAAAAAACAAAU